UCUUCGCAAUCUAGCAGCAAACAAAACAAAAGGCCGCGCCGCAGCCGAACCCGGAUUCACGCGCUGCACCGAAAACAGAUGCCGGCCGGCUUCGCUUCUUCCUGCGCACACCACCCAGACUCCUGCUCCUCCAAGGCUCCAAGGGUCAACGCCACCGAUCGCCAGCUCGUUCCCCCUCCUGCCGUGCCGCGCGUUCCCACUCGUCAUGGCUGCUGAUGCCGCCGCUCCCUCCCGUACUCUCCCCGCGUGCCUUCUCCUCCUCCUCCUCAUCGCAGCGCGCGCGGCGGACGCGGGGCCCCUGGCGGCGGGGCUCGUGUACCCAGGCUUCACCGCCUCUGGCUACGAAUACAUCGACACCCGCGGCGCCUUCCUCGAGUCCAACAACGGCGCCUUCCGGGCGGCCGUGCACAACCCGGGCCAGCAGCUGGCCAGCUUCUACCUCGCCGUGCUGCACGCGCCGACCGGCACGCCGGUCUGGUCCGCCAACCGCGACGCGCCGACGGCGUCCUCCGGCCGCGUCCAGCUCUCCGCGCGCGGGCUCUCCGUGACGGAUGCAGAUGGCAAGACGGUGAUCUGGUCGACGACGCCGCGGGCGCCCGUAGCGGCGCUCCGCCUGCGGGACGACGGGAACCUGCAGCUGCUGGACGCGCGGAACGCGACGCUGUGGCAGUCGUUCGACGACGCCACCGACGCGCUGCUCCCGGGGCAGCAGCUGCGCGCCGGUGCGUACCUGACCUCGGGGAGGAGCCCCAGUGAUUUCGCCCGGGGGGACUACCGGCUCGCCGUGUCCGCGUCGGACGUGGCGUUGAUGUGGCAGGGAUCAACGUACUGGCGGCUGUCGAACGACCUCCGCUCCUUCAAGGACAGCAACGCCGCCGCGGCGUCCAUGUCGUUCAACUCCUCGGGGCUGUUCGUGGUCACCGCCGACGGCGCGCUGGUGUUCCGGGUGGACUUCGCGCCGGCUGAUUUCCGCGUGCUUAAGUUGGGGCACGACGGGCGGCUGCGCGUCAUGAGCUACGCGCUGGUGAACUCCUCGGCUCCCCUCGGCGGCGGCUUCGUGGCGCCGGCCACCGACUGCGAGCUUCCGCUGCAGUGUCCGUCCCUCGGGCUCUGCGCUGCGGCGGGCAACGGCUCGACCUGCACGUGCCCUCCGCUCUUCGCGGCCUCCGUGAAAGUGUCCGGUGGGUGCACGCCGGGAGACGGCUCCGCCCUCGCGUCGCCGGACUCGUGCCGGACCAACAGCAGCGCCUCCACCGUAUCUUACCUCGCCCUCAAGCCGAAGAUCGCCUACUCCGCCAGCAGGUACGACGCCCCAUCGGCGACAGGCAUCAACCGCACCGCCUGCCGCGCCCUCUGCACCGCGAACUGCACAUGCCUCGGCUACUUCCACGACAACUCCUCCACGACUUGCUACUUAAUCGGAGGAAAUCAGCUCGGUUCGCUCCAUUGGAGCACUCGGGCUGCACCGGCGUUGGGAUACAUCAAGACAAUCAAGUCGGCGACCAUAUCUGGAAACAACAAAGGCAGCUCUUCGUCGACGAGCCGCUCUUUGCCGAUCAUAUUGCCGUGCAUUGCAGCAUUUCUUCUCCUCGUCGUGGUCGCAUGGUUCUCAUUGUGGUGGAGGAGGAAGAGGAAGAGCGGGAAGAAAAGUAAGGGCAAGAACUCCUCGUCAAAGAAUGUGAAUUUGGGCCUCCAAAAUCCGCGGUCGAGGGACACGAGCUACGACGAGGAUCCCGACGACGACGACAUCGUCAUCCCGGGCAUGCCGGCGCGGUUUAGCUACGCGGAGAUUGGGUCGAUGACCGCAGGCUUCGGAACAAAGGUGGGCUCUGGCGGGUUCGGCUCCGUGUACAAAGGGGAGCUUCCAGGCAGCGAGGGGCUCGUCGCGGUGAAGAGGCUGGAGGCCGUCGGCUUGCAGGCCAAACGGGAGUUCUGCACGGAGAUCGCCGUCAUCGGCAACAUCCGGCACGUGAACCUCGUCCGCCUCCGCGGCUUCUGCGCGGAGGGCUCGCGCCGUCUGCUCGUCUACGAGUACAUGAACCGCAGCUCGCUUGACCGAUCGCUGUUCGGCGCCACGGGAGCGCCGGUGUUGGAGUGGGGGGAGCGCAUGGAGGUGGCGCUCGGCGCGGCGCGCGGGCUCGCGUACUUGCACACAGGGUGCGACCAGAAGAUCGUGCACUGCGACGUCAAGCCGGAGAACAUCUUGCUGGCGGACGGCGGGCAGGUGAAGGUCUCCGACUUUGGCCUCGCGAAGCUGAUGUCGCCGGAGCACUCGGCGAUCUUCACCACCAUGCGCGGCACACGCGGAUACCUCGCGCCCGAGUGGCUCAGUAACGCGCCGAUCUCGGACCGCGCGGACGUGUACAGCUUCGGCAUGGUGCUGCUCGAGCUGGUGCACGGGAGGAAGAACCGGGGCGAGCAGGAGCAGGCCAACAACACGGGCGCCGCGGUCGCCGGCAGCGGCGACCACUCGGCCUUUCCGUCCCCGUCUGGUCAUAGCAGCACGAUGACGUCGUCCACGAUGAGCGGCGGCACCAGCGGUGGCGACGACGAUUACUUCCCGAUGGUGGCGCUGGAGCUCCACGAGCAGGGGAGGCACCUGGACCUCGUCGACCGGAGGUUGGAGGGGCGGGUGAGCGGGGCCGAAGUCGAGCGCGCCGUGCGCCUCGCGCUCUGCUGCCUGCACGAGGACCCCGCGCAGCGGCCCAGCAUGGCCGCGGUGGUGAGGGUGCUGGAAGGCAGCGUGCCGCCGCCGGAGCCCCGGGGCGACGCGCUCGGCUUCCUGCGGCUCUACGGGAGGGGCUACGGCAUGCCGGCCCCGGUCCAUGGCAUGGAUGCCACGUCGAUGUCAGCUGGAGACGCGCCAAGCCAUGGAUGGUCCACGUCGGCUACCGCCGGCUCGCAGCUGGACGGCUCAUUACAGGACACGUCGGCGCCAAGGUAGUGCCGGGCGACGUGCGCAUGACACGACACGAUUCAGCUUCUUUGACGUGGCAUCGACGCGAAGCUGCGUCAUGGCGCCAACGUAUAUCACUGGCAUGUAUGUAUUCCUUGGGUCAAGGCCUCAAUACGAUAACCAGACUUAAUUAUGCACGCGGCACGGCAGGUAGUUGGUGGGUGUACUAGAAAAUAUCAGAGUGGUCAUCACAGAUGAUAAACAAGUUGCAUUUGGUACGAAUCAUGAUCAGCUGUGCAUUUCUAGUAGUACUACCCAUAUUGUAACACUGGAUCCAAACUGAUGAAGACAGCAACGCAAGUAGCGUGAAGAAAUGAAGGAUCCGUUUGGAACCA